CAAUCAUGUUAUUUGAUUGAUAAAUGUGUUAUUAAAGUAUAUCUUAUUUUGAUAGAUUGAUUGCAUCAAACGUUUAAUAACUUCUAAGCUACUUCAGACAAAAAGGUCCUGGAUGAGUGGAUGUAGAUUUAGUGUCGGCUAUAUAUUGGAUAACUCGUAUUUUGCGUGGACUAAUUGCAACACAAACGGAUCUGCAGAUGCAAUCACAGAUUGAUGAUGGUUCGGAUUCAUUAAAGAUGUAACUCAUAGAAUAAUAUGAUACCCCACCAAUUAGAAACUUCUGAAAAGUCUGCCGGCAUUAUGUCUUUCCUGUCCUCUCGAACAACCGUUCAGGCGCCGAUCUCGGAUGUAUACGGAACUGACACCACGUUGAAUACGUCCGGAACAGCAUUUGGCGCUACUUCAAUUGGCGUCAUUAAUAGCUCUUAUCCUAGUGGAGGACUCAGUGCUGAUGACAUUCAUAAUUAUCUUCAUGCUGAUGAACUAACGAAGGUCAACCUAUAUGACGACGUCACUCAGUCCAUUCUAAUCGCAGCAUUUACGACAUUGAUCCUUUUUGGAGCUGCUGGUAAUGGACUUGUAACGUUGGUUGUGAUACGGAAUCCUCACAUGCGAACGCCACGAAACAUUUUCAUUAUUAAUUUAGCAAUCUCUGAUUUAACGCUGUGCUUGUUGACUCAGCCUCUAAACAUGUUUAAAAUGCUACGGAAGGAUUGGCCACUUGGUGAUUUCAUGUGUAAGAUGGUACCAAUGUUCCAAGGCACUAACGUAUUUGUGUCUACCAUCAGUAUAACAGCCAUCGCACUGGACCGUUUCCAAGUGAUAGUCUAUCCAACCAAAGAGAGCAUGAAGAAAGUUGGGGCUGUAGUGGCCCUGAUCAGCAUAUGGAUCAUAAGUCUAAUGAUGUCGAGCCCUCUACUUAUUUUCAAUUAUACACAACCGUUCCCCUUGAAGGAGUUCUACGCGUUUACCAUUUGUUUUGAGAACCAUGACUAUAAAGAGGCCAGAAGUGCUUACUCCAUUGCAUCAAUGAUCUUUCAAUACGUUCUCCCAAUCGUUAUUGUCAGCGUGGCUCAUGCACGCAUCUGCAACAAACUCCGAUAUCGUAUUAUCAAUCAGCGAACAAAUACAACUUCUGCCCCAAUUUCCGUUUAUCAGAAACGCAAAGGAGCACAGGAUAGGCGGAGAAAACGUCGGACAAAUAUUCUGUUAGUUAUGAUUGGUGUCAUAUUUGCAUUCUCAUGGAUGCCGUUGAAUACCCUUAACAUUAUCGUUGAUAAUGACAAUACGGGUGAUAUCAUCGGUUCUUUUGGUAACCCUAAACUGUUCUUCGCAAUUAGCCACCUAUUGGUUUUAUUUAGCGCAUGUACAAACCCAGUUCUUUAUGGAUGGUUGAAUGAUAACUUCAAGCAGGAGUUUCUUAAAGUUCUAUGCUUGCCCUGCUGCCAACGUAUUGCUCAGUCCAACCAUCCCCAGGCUAGGAAUGGCCGGAGACGAUCUAGUGCGUAUCUGGCCACGGGUGCGGUCCCAACAAUCACAUUCACCAAGGCCACCACUACAAACAAUGGUAACGGGACAACGACAGUAGUAUCAAGUAAAUGUUCCGGUUCCUCAGAUGAAAGAUUAAUUGAGGAAGGAAGUCCAAUAAUGUUGGAUUCAAAUUCAAAUCGAAAGAGGGACGGACUUGAUAUGCUGUAAGAGGUGUAGUUAGACGAUAUACGAGGUUAUGAUAUUCAAGGUUAACAUAUGGUCGGCUAG